CAAGCAACAGGGCCUUGCCAUAUGGAAAAUCUGACAUUUCGUUCAGUUAGAAGUUUUUAUUGUCACGCUGUCACGCAUUAUUCCAAAUUAUUCCUUUUCCCGGGAAAUCUGAGCAGUAAAUAGGACCUGUGGUGCCUCAAGAGGACAUUCGGCAGAGCCCCCAAGCCAGAGAACUGACUGAAAUGAAUAGGAACAUGCCACGGUUUAACUGCGCGAUUCUUGGCGAUAGAGGCACUGGCAAAACGUCCUUCAUCAACCGCCACCUGAGUGGGGAGUUCAGCGACGGCGGUGCUGCAGCGGAACGCGAAAGCCACGAGCUUGUCUUCCACACCAAUCGCGGCCCCAUGUGCUUCGUGGUGUGGGAGACCCACGGCGAGCUGAAGGGGAAGCCGGAGUGCGCCAUAGUCCUGUUCGACGUCACUUCGAAGACGUCGUGCAAAAACGUUGUCGAAUGGAAAACGGCUUUCGCCAAGGCCAGCCGUUUCCAAGGAGCCGUGAUCGUCUGCGGAAAUAAGGUGGACCUGCAGCAUCGCUACGGCCAAGGCCCCGAGUUCAGAAAUGGCCGCUACGAUAUAUCGGUGAAGAAGGACUACAAUUUGGGGAAGCCCUUCCUGUGGCUGGCGCGCAGCCUCGUUGGCGAUCCACAACUGAGGUUUGUGCCCCAACCAGCCCCCCCGCCGCCACAGCCGCCACUGGACGACGCCGCCAAGCGGGAGAUGGAUUUUAACUUGAUAGUCGCGGAGAUAGUACCCCUUCCAGGCAGCGUUUAACCAUCAAUAGACACAAGCCAAAGCCCUCCAAAAGCCAACAAAGAAACAGAUCCAACAAAUGUUCUUGCUUUAUUUAAAUAUAUUAAUCCCCAUCGA